GCUCCGGGUCGCCGCGGGUGGCGGGUCCCGCGGGAGGGGAGCGGAGCGCAGCGGAGCCCGUGUGCGCGGGGGGCAUGGGGGUCCCGCGGCCGGAGCAGCCGGAGCGCGGGCAACAGCGGCGGCCGCGGCAGCACCAGGUACCUCCAUUUUGUUGAUAUUAGAAAAAGAGUGACUGAAGUUGGCAUACUUUGUGAACCCUUCUAGCCAAAGAUUUAAGAAAUUUGUCUGGAUUAAUACUGAACUGAAUGCUUCUGAACUGAAGGAAAUGUUUUGAGAUUGCUCUCCUGAUUGAAAUUGUACAAAAAUGGUACACUGAGGUCCCUGCCUGCACCUGUGGGAAGACUGUAACAGUAUUUUUAUAUCACAGUUUAUUGGCCCAUAAAAGACAAUGUAAUAACAAAUGUAACAGUAAAUUUAUGCAAUAGUAGUGGUUCCCCUCCCACUGACUGGACAUGAGUGAUCAAAGGUCUUUGCAAGAAGAUAAGCACAAGGUUAGCAGAACUUCCUCCAAGUUUAGGGAGUCUUCAAGAAGCAUGCAAUCUGACGAUUAUUUCGCUAGAAAACUUAAAGCCUUGAACAGUAGCAUGGGUCCUCCUGUUUCUUCAAAUGCCUCUAGCAAAGCUGAAAAUAAUCAAACAAAUGGUACACCAGCCGUGCCUAAAAUGGGUGUUCGAGCAAGGGUAUCUGAAUGGCCUCCCAAAAAGGAUUGCUCUAAGGAGCUGAGUAAAGCUGCUUGGGAAAACAGACCUCCAGCCAGUUAUGAAGGUGUUGGCUCAGUACUUCCAAAUGGACAAAACGACCAAAGUGAUGAACAGCAAGAAGAGCUAGAACUGGAAUUUACAGAGGGAAAAUAUUCAAUUGGAGAUCUUUUUGUUCAUUCACCUCAAAGGGGUCUUCAUCCCAUAAGGCAAAGAAGCAACAGUGAUGUGACAAUAAGUGAUAUUGAUGCUGAAGAUGUGUUAGACCAAAAUGCUGUUAACCCAAAUACUGGAGCAGCUCUUCACAGAGAAUAUGGCAGUACUUCUUCAAUUGAUAGACAAGGCUUGUCUGGAGAAAAUUUUUUUGCAAUGCUGAGAGGAUACAGAGUGGAAAAUUUUGAACAUAAAACCCUUGCUCCUUUUGGAUUUUCUGAGUUUUUCCACUGUGAUCCUACGGUUUCUCCGAGUCUACAUGCUGCUGCACAGAUUUCCAGGGGAGAAUUUGUCAGGAUUUCUGGGUUGGAUUAUAUGGAUAGUGCCCUACUUAUUGGUCGAGACAGGGAGAAAUCUUUCAAGAGGAGACUUAAAUCAGAAGCAGUUGAAACAUCUUUGUUUAGAAAAUUGCGAACAGUUAAAAGUGAGCACGAAACGUUUAAGUUUUCAUCGGACCUGGAUGAUAGACUUGACAGAAAUGUUCGUUCUUGGAACUGCCAGAAAUGUUUUGCACAUUAUGAUGUUCAGAGCGUUUUGUUUAACAUAAAUGAAGCAAUGGCUACCAGAGUAAAUGUAGGAAAAAGAAAAAAUAUCACCACUGGGGCCUCAGCUGCAUCACAAACUCAGAUGCCAGCGGGCCAGACUGGAAACUGUGAAUCUCCUUUGGGAAGCAAAGAGGACCUCAACUCAAAAGAGAAUUUAGAUGCUGAUGAGGGCGAUGGGAAAAGCAAUGAUUUAGUAUUGAGUUGCCCUUACUUCAGGAAUGAAACUGGUGGGGAAGGAGAUAGACGGAUUGCACUUUCUAGGGCAAAUUCAGCAUCUUUUUCUUCAGGUGAAAGUUGUUCUUUUGAGUCCUCUCUGAGUUCCCAUUGCACAAAUGCUGGUGUUUCAGUUCUGGAAGUACCAAGGGAAAACCAGUCCAUUCACAGAGAGAAAGUGAAGCGUUACAUCAUAGAACACAUUGAUCUUGGAGCAUAUUAUUACCGCAAGUUCUUCUAUGGAAAAGAGCAUCAGAACUACUUUGGAAUAGAUGAAAAUCUUGGACCUGUAGCAGUCAGCAUCCGGAGGGAAAAGGUUGAAGAUGCUAAGGAGAAAGAAGGAUCUCAGUUCAACUAUCGUAUAGUUUUCAGGACAAGUGAGCUUACUACACUUAGAGGAGCAAUUUUAGAAGAUGCUAUACCAUCCACUGCUCGUCAUGGCACAGCAAGAGGUCUGCCUCUCAAAGAGGUGCUGGAGUAUGUAAUACCAGAGCUGGGCAUACAGUGCCUUAGACAGGCUUCCAGCUCACCCAAAGUACCUGAGCAGCUGCUUAAACUGGAUGAACAAGGGCUGAGUUUUCAACAUAAGAUUGGUAUCCUUUACUGCAAAGCAGGCCAAAGCACAGAAGAAGAAAUGUAUAACAAUGAGAUGGCAGGACCAGCUUUUGAAGAGUUCCUUGAUCUACUGGGCCAGAGAGUACGGCUAAAAGGAUUCAGUAAAUACAGGGCUCAGCUAGAUAAUAAAACUGAUUCAACAGGAACUCAUUCUCUCUAUACUACCUAUAAAGAUUAUGAAUUAAUGUUUCAUGUAUCAACAAUGCUUCCGUACAUGCCCAGUAACAGGCAACAGCUGCUAAGGAAAAGGCAUAUAGGAAAUGACAUAGUUACCAUUGUCUUCCAAGAGCCAGGAGCACUUCCUUUUACUCCAAAAAAUAUUCGUUCCCACUUUCAACAUGUAUUUGUCAUUGUCAAAGUGCAUAAUCCAUGCACUGAAAAUGUGUGUUACAGUGUUGGUGUUUCACGAUCAAAAGAUGUUCCCUCAUUUGGUCCACCCAUUCCCAAAGGAGUAACUUUCCCCAAGUCUGCAGUCUUUAGGGACUUCCUUUUAGCCAAAGUUAUUAAUGCUGAAAAUGCAGCACAUAAAUCGGAAAAAUUUCGAGCCAUGGCCACAAGGACACGUCAAGAAUACUUGAAAGAUCUGGCAGAAAACUUUGUUACCACAGCUACAGUGGAUACUUCAGCCAAGUUCAGCUUUAUUACUUUAGGGGCAAAAAAGAAGGAAAAAGUGAAACCAAGGAAAGAUGCACAUCUAUUCAGCGUUGGAGCGAUUAUGUGGAAUGUGAUUGCCCGAGAUUUUGGCCAGUCUGCUGACAUUGAAUGUCUCCUCGGAAUCUCCAAUGAGUUUAUCAUGUUGAUUGAAAAGGAAUCAAAAAAUGUUGUGUUUAACUGCUCCUGUAGAGAUGUUAUUGGAUGGACAUCUGGAUUAAUGAGCAUCAAAAUAUUUUAUGAAAGAGGAGAAUGUAUUCUUCUGUCUGCAGCAGAUAAUUGUACUGAAGACAUCAGAGAAAUUGUUCAAAGACUUGAAAUAGUGACCAGAGGAUGCGAAACCACGGAAAUGACCCUGCGGAGAAAUGGGCUGGGCCAGCUGGGAUUCCACGUGAACUUUGAAGGGAUAGUGGCAGACGUGGAGCCCUUUGGAUUUGCAUGGAAAGCAGGCCUACGGCAGGGGAGCCGCCUGGUCGAGAUCUGUAAAGUGGCUGUGGCAACUCUGACCCACGAACAAAUGAUCGACCUCUUGCGCACAUCGGUGACAGUAAAAGUGGUCAUUAUUCAACCACACGAGGAUGGAGCGCCCAGAAGGGGUUGUUCAGAACUUUGUCGUAUACCCAUGGUGGAAUACAAACUUGACAGUGAAGGCACCCCAUGUGAGUAUAAAACCCCUUUCAGAAGGAAUACCACUUGGCAUCGGGUGCCGACUCCCGCUGGGCAGCCUCUCUCUCGUGCCUCUCCAAUCCUAGGAACAUCUGACAGACUGCAGUGCCAGCAGCUUCUCCAGCAGGCUCAGACAGCCAUUCCUCGUAGCACUUCCUUUGAUAGAAAACUGCCAGAUGGUGCAAGAAGUUCUCCAAGCAACCAGUCCUCAUCCAGUGACCCAGGACCCAGCGGGAGCAGCCACUGGAGACAGCAAGUGGGAUAUGACGGAUGCCAGUCCCCUUUACUCCAUGAACAUCACCAAGGUUCAGUCUCACUGGAGUGUGAAGGAGGGAGAGAACGAGAGGAAACUUUGGAAGGAAGUAGACAUUCUGAAGCCAAGUGGCAUGCACCAUCAACCAAAGUCCUGAGCUCCUACAAAGAGCGAGCUUUACAGAAAGAAGGCAGUGGCAAGGAAUCACCAAACAAGCUCUCACAUAUUGGGGACAAAAGCUGUUCCAGCCACUCCAGCAGCAACACCUUAUCCAGCAAUACAUCCAGCAACAGUGAUGAGAAGCACUUUGGUUCUGGAGACCUGAUGGAUCCCGAGCUGCUUGGAUUAACGUACAUAAAGGGGGCUUCCACGGACAGCGGGAUCGAUACGGCGCCCUGCAUGCCGGCUCCCUUGCUGGCCCCGCUGCACCUGGCCGGCAGCAGGUCUGCAAUGCACUGCCACACGGAGCAGUGGCCGGAGCCUUCGGAGCCUCCCGGGCCCGACGAGGAUCCAGCUAAGAUCUAUGCUGUCCAUAGCUAUGCCUCUGCUAUCUCUGCCAGUCACACGGCUGAGGGCAGCAUGGGAGACCUGAGUGAAAUCUCCUCUCAUUCCAGUGGGUCACAUCAUUCAGGAAGCCCAUCAACACACUGCUCUAAAAAGAGCGGCUCCCUAGAUACCUCCAAAGUUUAUAUAGUGUCGCAGAAUAGUAGUCAACAGAUGUCUGGGUCGAUUUCAAAACCCUACCACAGACAAGGAGCAGUGAGUAAAUAUGUCAUAGGAUGGAAAAAAUCGGAAGGAAGUCCUACACCUGAAGAAUCUGAAGUUUCAGAAUGUCAUGAAGUGUAUGAUGAUAUUGAUGCUGUGUCUGCAUCGAGUCCACUCCAAACUUCUGUCCGAAAUGCUAUAGUUGAAAGCCAGCAAGUCUUGUCCAAAGAAGAUUUUCUGAAGUUGAUGCUGCCAGACAGCCUCUCUGUGGAGGAGGGGAGAAGAAAGUUUUCAUGUUAUGGAAACCUUUCCCCACGGAGGACGCUUUACCGCACCCUCUCUGAUGAAAGCAUAUGUAGCAAUCGAAGGGGAUCUUCCUAUGCCAGCUCUCGAAGCUCAAUGAUAGAGCAGGCCUUGCCAAAUGACAUCUUGUUCAGCACUACUCCACCAUACCACAGCACAUUGCCUCCCAGAAUGAGCCUGACUCCUGGAAUGGGAAAUCUGAGAAAUGAAUUCUGGUUCUCAGAUGGGUCCUUAUCUGAUAAAGCCAAAUUCAAUGAUCCUGGCCUGAUGCCCCUGCCAGACACUGCCACAGGGCUAGACUGGUCUCACCUGGUAGAUGCUGCACGAGCGUUUGAAGACCAGAGAGUAGCAUCUUUUUGCACCUUGAAUGAUAUGCAGCAAGCUCAGGGCUUGGAAGGAGCGCAGGAGUUACCUUUGGAUGAGAGUCCCCCAGAUGGAAAAGAUUUUCUUGAGGAUGCGGGGGAACAUGCUCCAAGUACUCUGACUGGAAAAGUAAACCAGCUGGAAGUCAUCCUCCGGCAGCUACAAACUGACCUGAGAAAGGAAAAACAGGACAAGGCAGUUCUCCAAGCAGAGGUGCAGCACCUGAGACAAGAUAACAUGAGACUUCAGGAAGAGUCUCAAACAGCAGCUGCUCAACUGAGGAAAUUUACAGAAUGGUUUUUUAAUACGAUAGACAAAAAAUCCUAAUGGCUGGGGCCCUGCAAAAUACUUGUUUGAACAACGUAACAGCUGUAUCUUUGAAUUAGCGGGGUAAUAAUUUCACUGUGUUCACAAUCCAUUUUAGGUGUUUCUGCUACAUUUUCUGUCCAGCUUUAUUCAUCUGAAAAGGAGAGAGAGCUGUGGCAACCCGUCUUUAAAUUCAUAUGAAGAAAGCAGAGAAUAGCAGAUACUUGUUUGUGUGCAGAUGAAUGUAAAAAAUCCUUAGUGUCAUUUUAGACAUUUUUAGAAGUUGCUCUGGCUGGGGCUUGCCUGAAGAGGAAUAUUUGGGGUUUUAGUUCCUGCAUUUCAGGUGUGCUGGUGAAGAUGUUAAAGCAAUUUAAAUUAGCUUGGGCUUCAGUAUUGUAAGAUAAAAAGAAUAACCAGACAUAUACUUUAAUGUUUAAAAGGUGCUCUAUUUUUUUGUAUGUACAGUAGUUUUAUUUCCACAGUCCACAUUGUCAUAGCAAUAAGAAUGGAGGUAUAGUGAAUAGUCACAGAGCUGUGUUUAUAAAAUGUUAGCACUGACGUGUUUAACACUAGUUUGGAUGCAGAUACAUUAGAGAUUAUUUAUUUGCAGGAACAAAUGGUGCCUGAAUAUAAACAGUGUUCUGAUUUUCUAAAGAUACACAUGCCUUGUAAAUGGCUCACUGGGGUUAGCCCACUCCCAACUUCAGUUACUUUUGUAUAGUUGAUGUUCAGCUAAACAGCUACACUGCUUAAUGAUUGAAAUCAUGUAUGCUGUGAGCCAGCCAAUCAGUUGUACAAUGCCAAAUUUGUUUAUCUUUGUACAGAAGCUUUGAUCAAGUGUCUUGUAUUUAACACCUUUAUUUAAGCUUAUUUAACCUUAAAUUGUUGUUUUUAUAAAGUUUGUUUUAUCUGCACUAUGGUGAGGUCAGUUGGUUGCAAGUUGUAAUAUUUUGAGCUUGCCAAGACUGUACGGAGGAGUUCUAGAAAAUUCUAACAAUUGGAUGCUGCUAGUACACAAUUGAUUUGUUUGUAUGCUUUAACAUUUUUAACUGUUUAAUUUGAAAUGAACAUACAUCCUGCUUUUUUAAUAAAUGUUAAAAAUCUAAACCUGAAA